AUUAAUUUGCUUUGGGAGUGUGCAACCAUUACGACCGAACACAUUUCGUCACACAAAUGUAUUCCUAUGUGAACAUAGUGUACACAUAGUAAGCAAACUAACGUACAAUGAAAUAAGCAUCUGGGAGCAAGCGGAGCUGUAAGAAUGUACCAAAUGCUGUCGCGUAUACAAUAUCCCACUGAACGUUCAAUUAACUAAACUCGUGCUUUCACAUCUGUUUCAAGCUAGUUCAAAGCUGUUACGAGAUUAUUGAUAUGCUCGUCAAAAAGAUUGCAUCCUCGUAAUUUUGCCCAACAAUGUCGGACGAAUCGGAAACGCUGUCGAAGAAGACCCGCAAAGCUUCGAGUCCCGCCUUCUCAGAUGAUGAACACAUCGAACCGCCGGCAUUCAGUUUGGCUACUUUGGGCCUGCGUCGUGUUGGCUCGGCACCACCGCCCAAGCCGCAACCGCAGCAACCUAUACAAAUGUUGAACGCACGCGGUAUGCCCGCCCGCAUACGCAAGCGAAACCGCUUCUUCUUCGAUGACGACAUCAUUAACGAUGACAAGCCACUCCGGAUGAGUCUCUCACCACGCAAAGUGCCACUCAAGGCAAGCGUUUCGCCCCAUAAAACACCCACCAAGGUUCUGAAGAAACGCACAGGCGUUGUCUCACGUUACAUGCGCUCAGAUGAGAAGAAAAAAAGCACUGAGGUGACCACACCGACACGCAGCAGUCACACAAGUGGCGCCAGCUCAUCGACAAAUACCACUCCCAAAUCGAGCACACGCCACAGUGGCAUACCAAUCGCCACGAGCAGCAGUUCCGGCACAGUGGCACACAUUAUACCGACUGAUAAGAAGAUCGGUCAGAGCAUCGGUUUACGUUUGCGCAAUUUGUUGAAACUUCCCAAAGCUCAUCGCUGGGUAAUAUUUGAGUGGUUCUAUUCGUUUCUCGAUAAAGCGCUCUUUGAGGGUGAAAACGAUUUUCAAGUAUGCUUGUCAGAAUCUUUUCCUAAUCUAUGCACGCGCCAGUUAAAUCGAGCCGAGUGGCGGAAAAUUCGCGCACUGAUGGGCAAACCUCGGCGUUGUUCGCAAGCAUUUUUCGAAGAGGAAAGACGUGAGCUUGAAAGCCGCCGCCAAAAGAUACGCUACAUACAGAGUCGUAGGUCGGGCGACAUUAAGGAUUUAAACUUCGUUCGUGAUUUACCGGAAAAGAUACCACUUCCGCUGCCCAUAGGCACCAAGGUGACGGCACGAUUGCGUGUGCCACAAGAUGGUAUUUUCAGCGGCACCGUAGACGCCUACGAUUCGAUGAACUCCACAUACCGCAUUACGUUCGAUAGAAGCGGGCUAGGUACACACUCUAUACCAGACUUUGAAAUCGUCUCGGAGAAUUUCCAUGAAAUGCUUCCUCUGCAGAGCAUCACAAGGGACAGCAGGCCUAACUUGAUGAGCAUAUUUAAUGGGGUCAGCUCUUCGCCACUGCGCAACAUGCGCAACGUCCGAUCUGCACUCAACAUGAAUUUGAACAAGAGUGACCCAGUGCUGGCACAGGAGGUAAUCGAAAGUCCAUUCAAGGACCCGGUACUAGGACGCGAUAACAUCAACGGCUACCCGGUCAAACUCCUGGAGACUCUGGUGCGCUUGAAACGCGCUCUAGCCUCCAAACGUUCCAAACUACAACGCCUCAGCGAAAUGAACAACGAAGCGGAAUUGAAAGCUUCACAGCAACUCGCAGCCGCACAUAAUUCAAAUUCAUCCUCAGAUGAGUCGCAAAAUACAAAUGAGACAGUACCACAGUUGAGCGAAGAAUUCCAAAGGCGCUAUGCCUCAAUUGUCAUUUCGAUGGAGAAAAUGAACCGCGAUAUGCAGGAUUAUCUUAAUGAUGUGCAGGCGUUCGCAGGCGAUUUAACACGCGAUCCGCAAGUGCAAGCAAUGCUCGCCCCCUCAUAUCUGCGCGAAAAGUGCCGCGAAGCCGCCGAAGAUGCAGUGCAGCGCAAUAAUCAGGGCACAGUAAAAAAUAAGACCGUACUGGGGCUCAUUAAAAACCUUGCAACUGUGCUGCUUGUCGCUUCACAUUUGGGCAAUGAUGGCAAUUCGGCUGAAGUUUCGAAAGUGCUCGAAGGUUGCAUCGAAGAAGUGCGUUCCAGUUUGUGUGGCGUAAAUGUAGAAACCUUUCAGAAAAAUGUACAGAUUCAUUUGCAUCAUGUGCGCAUGCUGGCCGCCAAUAAUAGUGUGAUGAUGGGAAACUCAACCAUCUCAACAGCCGGCGGACCUGAUAGAUGAAUUUCUGGAGCCGAAAAAUACACUUAGAAAUAUUACUCUACGAAAAUGGAUGUACGGAACGGAACUGUAUAACAUUACAAAAAUAGUACUAAUGAAUUAAUAAUUAACAAUAUUUUAACAAUUACUAGUUUUUUUAUUUAGUUUAUUGGUUUUGUUUGUCGAUUCUUUUGUGUGUUGAAUUCUUUAUAUUUAUAAAAAAUAAAACAUAAACUUAAAAUUUCUUAGCAGUUCAUCACUCUUCUAA